GUGUGUGUGUGUGUGUGUGUUUGUCGACAGACAGUCAGUCAGAAGGACCGGAGUCCCAGCGGCAGUUUAGGAGAGUCUAAGCGGGGAAAUCUACGUCCAAUACGGGAGAACUCACAAGGGGGAAUCCGCGAUGAGUUGGGGAACGGAGCUAUGGGACCAGUUUGAUAAUCUGGACAAACACACUCAGUGGGGGAUCGACUUUCUUGAGCGCUACGCAAAGUUUGUCAAGGAGAGGCUGGACAUAGAGCAAAACUACGCCAAGCAGCUAAGGAACUUGGUAAAGAAAUACUGUCCAAAACGAUCCAAAGACGAGGAGCCGAGGUUCACAUCAUGUCUGUCCUUCUACUCUGUACUCAACGAACUCAACGACUAUGCUGGUCAGAGGGAGGUGGUGGCGGAGGAGAUGGCUCACAAGGUGUACGGAGAGCUGAUGAGGUACAGCCAAGACCUCAAAGCUGAAAGGAAACACCACCUACAGGAGGGCAGGAAGGCCCAGCAGUAUUUGGAUCAUUGCUGGAAACAGAUGGACAACAGUAAAAAGAAGUUUGAGAGAGAGUGUAGAGAAGCAGAGAAAUCCCAGAUUACCUAUGAUCGGUUAGAUAAUGACAUCAACGCCACCAAAUCAGAGGUGGAGAAGGCCAAAGCCCAGUUCUACCUGCGCACUCACAUGGCUGAUGAGAGUAAGAACGAGUACGCUGCUCAGCUGCAGAACUUCAACGCCGAACAGUGGAAACAUUUCAACAACGCCAUACCACACAUCUUCAAGAAUCUGCAGGACAUGGACGAACGCCGGACGGUGAAGCUCGGAGAGACGUACCGGAGCUUUGCCGAGGCCGAGCGGAGAGUCAUUCCCAUCAUCACGAAAUGUCUAGACGGAAUGGUUUCUGCUGCUAAAGCUGUUGAUAAUAAAAGGGAUUCAUCCAUUGUCAUCGAGUCGUUUAAAUCGGGCUUCGAGCCUCCGGGCGACUUCCCCUUUGAGGACUUCAGUCAGAAUCUCAGCAGAACAGGUUCAGAUGGCACCAUUAGCAACACACCCAAAGGAGACAGAGACAGAGACGGGGCCCCGGGGCCACGACAAGACCCAAAACACCCUAUGAGUAGAACCAAGAACAAGCUGUGGCUGUUUGGGAAGAAACCAAAGGCCCCCUCUCUGGAGGAUUUCAGCCACUUACCCCCUGAACAGAGGAGGAAGAGGCUGCAGCAGAGGAUCGACGAACUCAGCAAAGAGCUGCAGAAAGAGAUGGAUCAGAGAGAUGCCCUGAACAAGAUGAAGGAUGUGUAUGAGAAGAAUCCACAGAUGGGAGACCCCAGCAGCCUGCAGCCUAAAAUAUCAGAGACCAUAUGUAACAUGGAGAAACUGCGCUCAGAAAUCCACAAAAACGAGACUUGGUUAGCUGAGGUGGAGGGAAAGCAGAGCUCCAGAGGAGACAGAAGACACAGCGCUGAUAACCACCAUCACACUCCUCAAGGCAGAGAAAGUCCUGAGGGCAGUUACACAGAUGACACCAGUCAGGAGCAUCACACGCCUCACAAGCACUCCAGUCCUCCACAGCCCGGACAACCCAACCCUGACCCGCACGAGUUUGAUGAUGAAUUUGAUGAUGACGACCCGCUGCCUGUCAUCGGACACUGCAAAGCGCUCUACUCCUUCGAUGGUCAGAAUGAGGGGACACUGGUGAUGGCAGAAGAUGAGGUGUUGUACAUCAUCGAGGAGGAUAAAGGCGACGGCUGGACGCGGGCGAGGAAGCAGAGUGGAGAGGAGGGCUAUGUCCCCACCUCCUAUGUAGAAAUCACCAUGGAGAAAAACAGCAAAGGUGCUGUCACCUACAUCUGAAGCUAACUCUGUGGUCUGUCCUCUCAUCCUGUCUGUCGUCCUCUCCAUCCUCCCUGCUUUCUGUUCCUCAUCAUAACACUACAAAAGGAAAAAAAAGACAGCAUGGACAUUCAUCUGCUCUCUCUCUGUCCUCCUGUUUAUCCCUCUAACCCUGUAAUCAUUUGUCCUCCUCUCAUAUCUGUGGGACUGGUGUUUCAGAGGUGAGUGUUUGAGCACAGAGACAAAUAGGACAAACCUAUUUGAAGGUGUUUGUAUAUUGUAUAUGAAGCGUUUCUCUGUAUGUGUGAAUGUCUCCACUGCUGUUUUGAGCCUCGUGUAAAGGCUACACCACUUCUUAUUGAUCAAAGUGUUGAAGUUUUAUGUAAUAUAUUAGAGACAAUUUAUUUUUUAAUUAUUUUGAUAUUUCUUUUUUAAAACUGGAGGCAUUUAAAGUUGAUUUUAAGUUCUUUGGAUUCAUGUUUCAUCUGUUUUUAUUUCUGUCUGAUUGUUAUUUGUGUGUGUGUGUGUGUGUGUGUGUGUGUGUGUCUGUGUGUGUACAUGCACAUUUGUUUUUUUUCUGUGUUACCUGUGCCAUCACACUAAAUGUUGAAUUACACUUGCAGAGGUUUGUCUGGUUUCAGCCUUGGUGGUGUGUUAUCACACAGUUACAGGAGUUUGGCUGAUUCAGUCUUCUUAUUGUUGUGUGUCCUUUCAAAGCAAGGCUAGAAGUUUUAAAGCAUAAGGCUGGUGUUACUCUACGUUUUUAUUUAUCGUCAACAAAUCCCAUGAAAAAAAACAUCUAAAUUCAAUUUGAGAGAGGCAUAAAUUAUGAAGUCAAAUGCUGUGUUUUUUUCCACUGCGGAGAAAGUCAUCUGUACAUAACUUGUACGACAGGUCUGGACCACAUGUGAACCUAAGAGAAAUUUAAAGUAGUCAUAAUAAAAAGCACAACAGAAAUAUAUGAUUUCUCCCUUUAAUCAUCUGGUGGCCCCUCAGAUUUUUCUUGGGACACGUUGAGGGGUCUGGACCCCAUGUUGGGAACCACUUUUCUCCUGAGUAUUUCCGGCAGUACAGAGGAAUAAGAGAUACAACGAUAAUACAUGUUAGAACCAGAAAUUCUUUUUUUAUUUUAUGGUGAACAGUAGGAAAUAUAUUAAUGUAUCGCCAGCCAUAUUCUUUAAUUCCUAAUUUAGAAACCUGAAGUUAGGAGAUAAAGUUAGGAAGUGUGCAGUGUGAAAAUGGUUUCACUUCAGUUAAAGGAGUCUGUAAGAACAAUUCUUAUUAUUCUCACUGACAAAUCAUGUAUUUUAUGUGAUCUUGCACUCAUAAAUGGACUGUUCUUGGUCAUUGUUUGAGUCUCUGAUUAAAAACAGCUCUGACCAUCAGAGUUUCCACUGGUAUCCAUGAUAGUAUAAUCCUCUACUGCAGGUGUUUCACAGUAACUGUGCCAGCUGAUUAUCUCCAUGCAGUCACAUUGGAAGGGUUAUUAUUGCAGCCAACACCUUGGAGUACAAACAAGGGUGCAGAAUCAUGGCAGCCAAAUAAUAUGUGACUGUAUGCAGAAAGCAGCUAACUAGGAAGUGUUGCUACCAUUUAUUUGCUGGCAUUAUUAUGUUAUCAGCUCUUACAGUCACUGGGAGAGUGUGGAUAAAGAGGAGGCUGCCAACGUACAAAAACUAACUUUUUCUUCCUUCUUCCACUCUCUGAAUCAGUUGCGAGUUGAUCUUUCAUUUACUUAAUCCCUUCUCGUCUUUCUCCUCCAAUUUGUCCUCCCCUCCUGCACUUUUACCUCAGUCUUUCUCCUGUUUGAUCCCUCCUUCCCUGGCUCUCAAUUUUAUUUUCCUCAGUCUCAUCUUCCCUACUUUUUUGAACAUUUGUUUCCUUCUGUCUUUAUGUACUAGCUUCCUUCCUUAUUUCCUGUCUUUCCUUGUCCUCAUCUCUUUCCUUCUAUCCACCUGUCUUACCUCAUGUUCUACCUUUCCUCCCCUCCCCUUCCCUUCCUUCUGUCUUUCUAUUUACUUUCUGGUGAUUCAUCUCCUGAAAGUCAACUCUAUUAAAAAUUAAUUGGCGGUCUCUCUGUAUGAACACUUUCAUUCUCUUAAAACACACCUCUUUGUCAAACUUCAGUCGUGUGUGUGUGUUAGUGUGUGAGAGGGACAAUUGCAGCACCUUGUGUGUCUUGUAGUAACUCACUCUCUCCUCUAUGUGACUGCAGGUUCCUGAGGGCUGCAGGGUGGCCGGGCGAUUUGAUUGGCUGGUGGAGGGCUCACGCUGAUUGCUGAUUAUUGGUGGUGGGGGGGUAACCCAAGAAAGAGAGCAAUGAGGGGAAAGAGAGAAGUAGAGAGGGAAAGAGAAAGAUGGGAGGCAGGUUUGCAUGUCUGCAUGCUCACAUAUUCAUAAUCAGCAAAGCAUUUUGGGUUACUAUGGGAAGAAUGAAGGGUCAUAAGUAGAGGAGAAGAUGACCUUAAAGCCAAAAAAGGCACUAGGAUCAUUUAGUGGCAGCCACUGGAGAAGACCCACCCUGACCUGCAGGAGUUUCUGAACAUUCUGUUGCAAAAGUCUGACAUGGUCAAACCACAGCAGCAGUGGCAGACAACAGAAAGAUUUAUACUCAUUCACAGGGAUAGAAACUACAAUCCCUCUGCUCUGCUGCUGGACUGAAAGGUGAAGCCACUAUCAGACUUUUAUUAGACUAAACAGAAGCUGCAACUUGCUGCCUGCUGGUCCGUAAGGGUCUUAAAAGAUGGCUACACACCUCCUCCAAUCACAGAGUUUCAGCUCCCAGAGAGCAGUGCAGCAGGAGGUUUUUUUCUCUCUGAUUGGUUGUGGAUUUAUCCUUUAAUGACAGGAGCAUCUCCCCACCUCACUGAUUCACUGACUGCUUUGUGCUUUAACAGGAAAAGUUGCCUUUUAUAAAUUCAACAAGUCUCCUCUGUAGGUGCAGGUCAAAGUGUUGGAGGAAAAGUUUUUCCAAGUCUUUUGUAGCAGCUGCCAUGGGCCACUCAAACCGUAAAAUAGCAUUUUGACAAGAAAUUCUCAUCACAAAAGAUGACAUAGCAGCUGAGCGACUUCAUCUGCAGAGGAAGGCCAUAAGGUGUGGCUGAAAGCUUCGGAAACAUCAAGUAAGUAACUUUGUGAUGAGAUGUUUUUUGGUCAAAUUGCUAUUUCCAAACUCAAAAAGAAAAGAACACUGUAGCUUUCGGCUUUAAGUUGUCUCAGCGUACAAUUCACAUUUUUUACACGUGCCAUUUGUACUUGAAUAUAUUUAAAAAAUAUUUCAGUGUUUCCUUACCAUUUAUUCUCUGAGUCAAGCUGUCAACAUGUAAACGUUUCCUCCAAACAUUUGCUCCAGCUCCUCAUGAGAGACAGUUCAGCUGAUUUUAAACUCAUCAUCAGGGUUUGUCACCUUCUGAGGGUCAGCUGUGCUUCCAGUAUUUGCUGCCACUAACAAUGUCAGUGCUGCUCUCAUCCCUGUCAUCAUCAUCUGUGCUCUGUUGGUGAUGUCUGCCUGCCUGCCUGCCUGCCUGCCUGAGCCACUCUGCUCCUCAUGCCUGCCUUCACCCUCAUACAGUCGCAUGUCCAUAACGUGUACCCCAACAUGAUUAGGCAUUUCAUCUGUGACUUUAACUCCAACUUUACAAGUGUGUGUGCAACUUUGGCUGAGUUGUGUGUUGAAUGCUGCCUCAUUGUGAUGUUUUAAUGGAUGUCCAGCAUGAGUAUGAUUUUAUUUUUGUGCAUUUAAUGUUACUCAUCAGACAGAUAGCAGGACUAUCAGGUGAAUACAGGACCUUUCUACCCCUCUCUUUCUUCCUACCUUUCCUCCUCUUCUUCCUGGGUUGUAAUUCCACCAGUCGACCAGCAGAUGGGAGCCUUCCCUCACCAAACCACAGCUCAGCUCCAGCCGGACUGGGCCGCUUUCAAUAACACCAAACAGAAAAAGGAGCUCUGGUGUCUUUGCAGUCAGACUCUGCCUUAAACUUCACGUUGUUUUACUGUGGAGGGAUUAUUCCAUACAUAUCCGGAUGUGUCUGCGCUUCUGCCUGACUACAUCUCCCAUCAACCACCUGGGCUCAGCCUCGCCUCCUUGGGGACUCUACUGCAUCUCCAUUUAAAAAAAAAAAAAAAAAGAAAAAAGUUUUUGCCAUUUAAUCAGUUGUAUUUGUGAAUGUGACGACACGCACGCAUGUAUCAACAACAUGUCCGUACGUCUAUGGAAGGCCACACAGGCCAAAAAAAAAACACAUUGAAUUUUGGCAUGUUUGGCUCUCUGUACCUAUUAAUAUGUAAAUGUGUGUACAUGUUCCUGUGUUACAUGCGUGACGUUAGUUUUUACCAUUGAAUGAUUUGUACAUAUUAACAUCUUUUAUGUCAUGCUGAAUGUGUUUCCAUGGUGAUUGUUUUUAAGUUUGUUUUGAUUGACACUCUUCAUGAGAGGCAACAAGGUUUGAAUUGAACUGAUGCACUUUGCCCUGAAGUACUACAGCAUUUGAAUUGGAUUAAAUGAACGAGUGAAUGAACGGACGGAUGAAUGAACUAAGGUCUGUGUUGUCUGCUGAGAGAGGGGUGAACUUUAUGGAUGACCACUGUGUAGCAGCCAGAAACAGAAACAGCUCUAGUAACUUCCUCUUCCUGAUGGAUUUUAUACUCUUUUGUAACUCUCAGUGAGCAAUGACCAACUUUUGCUUUGCAUGAUUUUCUAGAUUCUUUGAAUUCAUUCGUCUCUCUUGUGAUCCUGUUUUUUUUAACCAUUCACUGUAUCUCUUCAACAGACUAACAAAACUACACAUCUGAAGUAAAGUUUGACUUCCUGUUGAUGCUAUUUAAGACAAAAUGCCACUGAUGAUUUGGCUGCUUGUCGAUCUAGAAGCAGGUGGCGACGCCUCAGUUGUAAUCUGUGUUUCUUUGAUGAAGCUGUGAAAUGUACAGAAAGAUGCUGUCGGUGUUGUUACUUGAACUUUGGUCACGCUUCUCCACACUUUCCGAUCUUAUCUGCACCAUUUUGCAUCGCAGAAAUAGUUUGACAUUGAGAGAACAUCGCUUCCCACAACUUUAUAGUUUUACACUUUAUAUGAAUCAAACAACACAUGGACUUUAUUACCUUCGAACAAAGCUAGGCUAACUGUUUCCCUCAGUUUCCGGUCUUUAUGCUAAACUAGGCUAACCAGCUGCUGGCUGUCAUUUCAGGUUUACCCUACAGAUAUGAGAGUGGUAUGGUAUCUUCUCAUCUGACUCUCCACAAGAAAGUAAAAAAGCGUUUUUCCCAAAAUGUCUAUUUUUUUUUUUCUAGGAUUCCCUCUGAACUGAUUGGCUACUUUUAUUUGUGCCAUUUUGCAUCCCCAAGCAAAUUAAACACAGUUUCUGCAGUCAGGUUUUGCUUUUUAUGAUGCCGCCUUUUAAUGCCCUACACAGAUUCAUCAGUGCUUUUUGUUUGGUGUACACAGCUCAUAGUUAGCUACAGCUGCUAGCCUGCUUGUGAUUGUGUAGCCCUAAAUUGAACUGAAACUGCAUAUUAUUUGGUCUUUUUUGAAAACAAAACUAAGAUACAAGUGUUGAAUGUUAGAUUUUUUUUAUUCCAGUGGUAAUACAGUCUAAUUUCUGUUUUAAAGCAGUUAGGCUAAUUAUUUUUGAUGACUGAUUCAUUAUGUUUGUCUGGUCUAUAAAAUGUAAAAAAAAAAGAAAGAAAGGAAAUUAUUUAAAGUUGUAACAGCCUUAGGCGAAGUCUUCCAGCGUUGGUUUUGUUCAACAGUCCCAAGUCCCAAAGAUAUUCGGUUAACAAUGAUGUAAACAGAGAAAACAGCAAAUUUAAGAUUAUUUUUUGUUUGCUAAAUGACAUAAAAACACAAAAAAUCACACUAGGUUCAGCACUAAAACCAGAACCAUGCUUGUAAAUGUGCACUCAGAUUUAUACAUAGUGCAGAUGAUGAUCCUCAGAUGUGAUGUAAGGCAUCACCUCUGUUUCCUGCUAAAUGAGUGUCUGUGUUGCUGAGAGGAUGCUUGCAGGACAUUCUUACUAUCUCUCGAACAGAUGGUGCACCUCCAAUGUUUCAUUUUCCUUAAGUUCCUCCUGUAGGUCAGCUCAUUAGACAUGUUUGGAGUUUACUGUCCCUUUAAUUAAAUAAUACAUGAUGUCAGUAGUAACACAGCAGCUUUGAAAUGAGUAAACUUUACCAAAAACUCCCAUUAACAAUCUUUUUUUUUUAAGGUCACCAUACAUAUAGAAACUGUGAGCUGAAUAUAGUAGCUACUGUGCUUUAAUCCUAAAUAUUAUGCAAAAAUACGUAAUAAUAAAGCAGCUUUGAGAUGGCAAAUAUGAUAAUGUUCCUGCCAAGCUACUGUGAGCGUGGUGCCAUUCAGCACCCAGGAAAAACAGACGUGUUCUUCUUCUACAUUCCUCUUGUUAUAAACUCCCACCAUCAUGUUUGUCCUGUGGAAACUUUGUACAGAUUCUCUCCAGCUGUCUCAUUCUUAGCCCCUUUUUUUUUUUAAAAAAAAUCAGCAUCAACACCCAAUCACAGUAAAUAAUAAAAACAGCAGCAGGUACAAAGUGAUUCUACAGGAUAUCAACAUCAUGUAAAUGUGUGUUUUUAUCAUGUUGUAUAUGUUGUAAUAACCAAUGGCAGUACUUCUCUUUCCAUGUUGUUGUGCACAUCUUUUUACUUUGAAUGUUGUCAGACACUUUGUGUACAUUUUUUUUUCUUCUUCCAAGAUAUUGUUCUAAUAAAAUAAGCAGCAAUGAAAAGUG